AUGAGUACUGUGCAAACAUCUGAAAAUACUCUUUUGAACCCUGGAACUUCACGUUCAACUGUUGUGCAGGAGAGGACAGAGAAUGCAUCGCUUGCUAAUUCAACAAUUUUCGCAUCCCAAAUGUCUACUAGAACAACAUUGGGAAGGACAAUACAUCAGGAAAGUACAAAAGAUACAGAAUUAACUAAACAAAGGGAAGGGGUUUCAACAAAUGAUGGAGCAAGAAUUCAUCAUCGCGUCGAAGGAGAAGCACAUUCUAUUAAUAAUAAGAGCAAUGUCAGUGCACUAAUUGUGGAUUCUGUCUCAUUGAAAUAUAUGUAUUUGUAUAUUGGCGGGUUUUAUUUGAGUGUGGUGAUUGUGGUACUGUUUUUGGAUGGCUUAUUACCACGAAUAUGCGGAGAACAAAUAUCAGGAGGAGGUGCUCCAACUACUGAAAUGUUGCAUUCCAUAUAUGAUGAACAGCCAAGACCUGUAGUGCACAAUAUACCUCCUGGAUUUGAGGGGUCAACUUCCUCACGAAUGCUUCCACCUCAUAAUAAUGGAUAA